UGUGUGUGUGCGUGUAUGUGUCUUCCGGUGUCCUCGCGGUCCGAACGGUUCAAACAGACCCGGGACCCCGAAGCCGCAGCACCAGAACAAGACCCGGACCCGGACCGUUUAGGGUCCGCCAUGGGUCAGGAUUUCCACGUCGUCAGGUGUUCCAUCUGUCAGAGCUUCCAGGUGCAACAGGUGAAGAAGGUGAACAAGUGGAGCUGUAAACUGUGUGGAGAGAAGCAGUCGCUGCUGAAGGAGUUUGGGCGGGGCUCCGGAGCCGACUGCAGACGUCAAGUUCAGAAACUUAACGCCCUGAGAGGAGCCGUGAUGGAGAAGCAGGAGCACAACACCUGGUCGCUAUGGAAGCAGGUGGAGGCAGACAGACAGAAUGUACCUGAGCAACAGGACCAGGUGAAGCAGACAGGAUCGAGUCGCUGGAGCAAAUACUUGAACACACCUGAGGAGGCGGAGCCAGAGAAGGCGGAGGUCGAGGAGAAUGUGUUGAUGGACCGGCAGCAGCUCCAUGGCAACAAUAUGAUUGACAGGAAGAGGAAGAAAAUAAAGGGAGCGACAGACAGCUGGACACCUGAACAGACAAACUGGUCCAGUCUGAAGAUGAAACCGGUUGAGACCAGUCUGGCAAACACCAGUCCUCCCAGUGAGAACCACACCAGUCCCCCCAGUGAGAACCACACCAGUCCUCCCAGUGAGAACCACACCAGUCCUCCCAGUGAGAACCACACCAGUCCCCCCAGUGAGAACCACACCAGUCCUCCCAGUGAGAACCACACCAGUCCUCCCAGUGAGAACCACACCAGUCCUCCCAGAAAGAAGAGCAUUAAUCCUCCCAGCGUGAGUCCUGGUCCAGUCUCCAAGUGGUCUUGUUUCCUCCGGACUGACUGUCAGGAGCAGGGGGAGGAGCCUUCAGUCAGUGGGAGGAGUCAGUCAGUGGGCGGAGCUGCGUCUUGUAAUGACAUCAUCAGCCGGGCCACUUUACUUCCUGCUUCCUCCAUGUUUGACAGUGGUGAAGACUUCAGCCUCAACUUCUGAAGGGUUUUAUGACCAUUGAUCAUAUUAUUAUUAUUAUUAUUAUUAUUAUUAUAUAUGAUGGAACAUAUUGAUCCAUCAACUGUUCAACACGUUGUUCAUCGAUCGCUGUUAUUGUUCAAUCACUUGUUUACUGUGAAUGUUGAUUUUACCAGCAACAUGUUGACCAAUAAAGAUGAAGCAGGAGAAAUGGUAA